AUGACCGACUCAACUCCACGUACCUAUCCUGUCGCCAUCGUUGGCGGCGGUCCAGUGGGUCUAGCAUCAUCAAUCCUGCUCUCCCUUUGCAAGAUCCCCCACAAACUCUUUGAAAGGUAUCCGUCGACAUCGAUACACCCCAAAGCAUGUGGGUACAAUCAUCGAACAGUUGAGAUCUUUCGCUUGCUGGGUAUCGAGAAGGAUGUCAUUGAACAGCGAGCCCCAAAAGCGCUGGACGGGCAUACCGCGUGGUAUACCAGCUUUGGGCCAAAUGGGCGGCAAAUUGUGCAGAGAGACGCUUGGGGUGGCGGCGAGUAUGCAGAUGAAUAUGCUACCGUGUCGCCUUGUGCCUACUCGAUCUUACCGCAGAUUAGACUCGAGCCGAUUUUGAAGAAGAGGGCACUGGAGCUUAAUCCGGAGGGGAUUUUCUACAAUGCCGAAGUGGUUGAAGUUGAAGAGGCCGAGAAGUUUGUCUCCAUUACAGUGAGAAGUAGUGAUGGCGGUGAAACGGUCUACCGAGCUGGCUACUGCAUCGCAGCCGAUGGAGGACGAGGCCUCACCGACAGUCUUGGAAUCGGCUGGGAAGGCGAACGAGAUAUCAUUGACAUGGUCUCGGCACACGUUCGCGCACCGCUUUCAUCCCACCACCCCGACACUCGGAAUUUCAUCACCUGGUUCGUGAAUCCGCGGUUGGGUGGAAGCAUCGGCACAGGCUAUCUGUACCAUCUCGGGCCUUAUCCUAUGAAGCCUGAGACGGAGGAAUGGCUCUUCGCAUGUGCGCUCAACCCGAGCGAUCCCAAGAGAUUCGAUGAGUCCGCAAUGCAGAUGCGCUUACUUGAUACACUGCAGAUUCCAAAUCUGAACGUCGAACUAAUCUCCACGAGCCACUGGUACGUGAACGCUCUUUGCGCAAAGCGGUAUCGAAGCAAGUUCGGCACGGGACGAGUCUUCCUCGCUGGCGACGCAGCGCACCGUAUCCCACCCUGGGGAGCCCUGGGGCUCAACACUGGUAUUCAAGAUGUACACAAUCUUGUCUGGAAGUUGAAUUUAGCCAUCAAGGGGAAGGUUUAUGACAGUCAGGGCUUCAAUCAUCUGCUGGACACAUAUGACACGGAACGUCGCCCGAUCGGCCAGCGCGUCCGUGACACUUCGUUGCACAACCUCCGGUCGCAUGCACUUGUCAUGGACACAGCAUUGGGACUAUCACCGACCAAUACCACAGAGGAGAACGUCAAAGCCAUGGAUUCGUUCUUCGACAAAACCGAUACUGGGGAGGGUGAAGCGCGCCGCAAGGCUGUGGACAAGGCGCAGAAAAUUCUUGAUGGGGAGUUUCAUGCCCUGGGCGCCGAGAUUGGUUGGUUCUAUCCCGAUAUCAACAUCAAUGGAGACGAUUCCGGAGAAGCCACGAGGCACGGUGGACAGCUCAAUGAGGAUGGAGUGCUCGAGACGAUUAACUACCAUCCUUCAACGAUCCCUGGCUAUCAUUUACCUCAUCUGUGGCUUGAAAGAGAGCAGACGGAGGGCCCAGAGACGAAUAACGGGUGUAAAACAACCCGCAUUUCCACGCGAGAUCUUGUACGUUACGAUGGCUUCGUGCUUCUCACAUCCCAGCCUGAGCUCUGGCAGGCGGCGUUGGCGACCGAAGGUGGCCUUGAUAUAGGCGGCUUAGUUCACGUUGUGGGUAUUUCAUCUGGUCCCAGCCACGAGGAGAUCAAAAAAUCCUCACAGGAUAAGAUCAUGUCUGAUGCUCAUUCCACUGAUGUCUGGAAUGACUUGGAUGGGAAAUGGCCUUCCCUCAGUGGUUUACAGCCUUCUGGAGCCGUGCUAGUUCGACCUGAUGGUAUUGUCGCUUGGAGGACGCUGGAGUUCGAUGAGGGAAAGCAUGGUGCGCCUGGCUUCUUGAGGAAAGUUGUUUUAAGGAGUUUGUUGCUUGAUGGAGCAGAUACACCUGGGGAAGAAUAG